CCUGUCCAUCAGCUGAGGAGAGCCCAGUUUAAUGUUAACAGGGUGGCCCUUUAAACAGCUCCCCAAAGCCAGGCAGCAGAAAAACAGUCGGCCUUUCAGACUCUCAGCUUUUUUUAUUUAAAAAAAAAAAAAAAAAGAAAAGAAAGAAAUUAAAAAAUGGCCCAGCUGCAGGCCAGUUCACAGCCUGACAACAGCCGCCAUCGUCUGCGAAUCGGAUACUGCGAAGGACUUUGAGUGACUGCGGGCUCGCACCUCGCUAACGUUACGCAGCUGUCUGAAACCAAAGCUAAUCGGCUAUCUAGCGUUAGCUGCGGCGGGCUCGGCUUGCCAUAUGAUAUUGACGCACAUUGCACAGGGACAGACCUCUAUUAGACAGCGACUGGAUCCGCUAAAAAAGAAAAACAUAACCCCCCCACCCCCUCUCCUCUUCUCCCCGUAACGUUGAAAUGGACAAAGACGAAGCAGACCGGCUGAUAGAGAAGGCGAAGCUGUGUUUACGGUCGGGACGGAAAGAUCGGGCGCUGCAGCUGCUAUAUGAAGCCCAGAAUAUUUACCCCAGCACCCGGGCCAGAGUGCUGAUAGACGCCAUAGUAAAGAAUGGAGACGCCACUGCUCCAGAGGGAAACCACGUGCCCCCGCCAACGGGCUGGAGAGACGAGGACAUUAGAAACAACGGCACAAGUAACGCGAGUGGCGAUGAAAAGAAGAGCUACACCGAGGACCAACGUCAGGGUGUUCUCAGGAUAAAAAAUUGCAAGGACUUUUAUGAAAUCCUUGGUGUUACCAAAAACGCCAGCGAUGAAGAUUUGAAGAAGGCGUACAGGAAAUUGGCCCUCAAGUUCCACCCCGACAAGAACUUCGCUCCAGGAGCCACAGAUGCUUUCAAAGCAAUAGGAAAUGCAUAUGCAGUGCUGAGCAAUCCAGAGAAGAGGCAGCAGUAUGAUCAAUACGGGGAUCAAUCCGCAGCUCCGAACGCACCCCAACACUCCACCCACAGUCGCCAUGGAUACUACCGAAACUUCCACAGAGACUUUGAGGCCGACAUCUCUCCCGAGGAGCUCUUCAACAUUUUCUUCGGAGGAAGAUUUCCCACAGGAAACAUCCACGUGUACACCAACCAGGGAGCCUCCUACUCUCAGUUCUAUCAGCCUCGUCGUCGACGUGCUUAUGAGAGGCGCGAGGAGGUGGUGGAGGACAACCAGAGUCAGAACACCUUCACAGCGUUACUGCAGCUUCUCCCUGUGCUGGUGCUAAUCCUCAUAUCAGUGUUUACUCAGAUGAUGGCCACUAACCCGCCCUACAGUCUCUUCUAUAAGCCGGCCAUGGGGCUGGUGGUGUCCAGAGAAACGCAGCACAUGGGCGUGCCGUACUACGUGGAUAAGAGUUUCGAGAAGGAAUACCGCGGAGCUGCGCUGGACGAACUCGAGAAAACUAUUGAGAGUGAUUAUAUCGAACACCUGCAGAACAGCUGCUGGAAGGAGAAACAGCAAAAGUCAGACUUGGCAAACCUCGGACAACUGUACCGAGAUGAACGGUUAAAGCAGAAGGCAGAGUCAAUGAGGCUGGACAACUGUGAGAAACUGCAUCGAUUGGUCGGGCGUCAGAGAGCCAAAUGAGGACUGCUGCUCGAGAGGAGAACACAGUUUCUUUACAGACUUGUGUAAUUUAUCCAAUCUGGCCACUUUGUAAAGAAAUCUCUUGUAGGUACAGCGCAGUCAGUGGGAGAAUGUGCCGCUGGAAACAAUGUGCCUUCUCUCCUCUUUGAUGGUAGAAAAUAAGAGUUGCAUGUUCGCUGCCAAACCCUGGCUGUUGUGGCAGCAGCAUCGAGUGCAAACUUCACUGCGGCAGUGUGUAAGAUGUCUCAGCCUUUAAACUUUCUUAUAGAAAUGGCAUGACACAUUGGGUCUCCCUUUGGGGUUACGAAGGCAGUCGUAUGUUCACACAUACACAUUUUAGGUUUUGUAGGCUAUCUGUAUUUAUUUUCUUCAAUGUUUUUGUGCCCCCCCGCUGAAAUUUUAGGUGUAUUAUUUAAUAGUCAAUAGAGUGAAUGUUACUUCUUACUACAUCUUCUUCUUACUACAUCUUUUUUCUGUAGGAAGUUAAGUACAGUGACUUAAAUAAUACUGUAGUCUGUGGACAAAUCUGAGAGCUUCUGUACUGUGAAAUGACAGAGGACCUUUUAUUUAUUAUUAAAACAUAGAGAAAUCAGACACUAGAAAGACUGUAACAUCUAUACUGUGGUUGAUGAGGCAAUUUGCCCUUUGGCCCUGUAGCAAUAGAAGGCACAGUAUAGUAACAUUUUUGCAAAACACCACGUUUCUGAUUAAUGUGCUUAUUCUAAAAAAAGGUUGUUCUUGCAAAAAAAAAACACCAGUCGUCUCCUACAGUAGAGCUUCCCUGUGCACUACUGCUUGCAUAGGUGCAUUGGUCAGGAUCCAGUGUUUUAGCCGCAGGCAUAUUUUCGAGGUUUAAGAGUGAGAAAUUACUGUUGUGUGUCCCAAAAAGAGGCUUAAUGUUCUUAAGUAGUUUUGAUUUGUCACAAACAGGGAGUCCACUCUAACCAAAAAAGCCCAUUCACAGCCCUGUGUGUUCUGUAUCUGCAAAGCUGUCGGGGGGAGGGGGGAGAUCAUUAAAUGGCAUGCAAUACCUUCUAAACCUUCCUAAAUCAUGCACAAGCUUAAAUCAUUUUGUUCUCAAAAAAAUGCUUUUCGGCCCAUAUUUUAAAACGGUUUUCAUAAAUCCUGCACCUUUUAAUUAAUACAGAUGUUUUGUGUAGAAGCCACACUUUGAUUUGAAAAUGUCAUCUUAAUCAGAAUUAUCAAUUUAAAACCGUGUUUCUAUUAAACAUCGCUGGACAUGAACAACUUUGUCCCACAGCUAGGUACCAGGAUUGUGACCCGUCAGGUCCUGUCAUUAGUAGGACACUAACUUUGUGGAGGUAUUAACUUUAAUUCUUCAUACCAACCCCAGAUCAUUCAAACCUUAUACAUACAAUUGAUACUUGUUGCUGUGCACUAAGACUGCCAAACUGCCUUAGCUGUUCUCAUACUUGUGAAAUAUUCAGGUUCAUCUCAAGCACUUUUAAGUUCAUAUUUAAACCCGUGUUCCUUAUUGUUACUGUUGCAUGCACCCUAGUGAGAGAGUGUUUUAUUAGUUACAUAUAAUUUAUUUUGUGCAAACACAUCUUCAUGACUACUGACAAACUAAAUUAUUAGAAUAUCCAGGUCCACACUGUAACUCACAAACAUGUCAAACCUUUACUGUGAUACACAAAAAUCAGGUUUUGGUAUCAGUCAGUUUGGUAGUACACUUGAGCAACAUGUUUUCAGCCAAAAAUUAAAGAUGUAAUCAGAAUA